AUGCCACGCAGAAGCAGACAUCUUCUGCCGCGAGAGGGUCUUUACAUAGACCCAAUCGUAGCUUUAGCACGCAAGACCAUCUUCCAUCCGGCGUUGAAUAUUUUGAUCCUGGUCUUGACGAAACUUUGCCCCGAAGUGAGACAUACGCUUUGGGGCAGGGCGGCUACUUAUGGAAGCAUCUUAGGGCUUGUGCUAUGGUUCAAUGACUUCCUCAGCGAUGGAAGUCACAACAACUGGGCUACUGACAGCGAUUGGGACUGGAAGAAGGAACUAGUCGUUGUGACAGGAGGUAGCGGUGGUAUUGGAGGCAGCGUCGUUCAACAACUCGCAGCAGACGGUGUUCGUGUAGCUGUGAUCGAUGUCAUCAGUCCUACUUACAGCAUUGAUAAUUUUCCCGUCACUUAUUACCGGUGUGACUUGUCCGAUCCUUCAGAAAUCGAGAAAGUAUGUAACCGGAUCCGUAAGGAGGUUGGGCAUCCGACAGUCCUUGUGAACAACGCCGGUUUGUCUCGUGGUCAAAGUGUCGCCGAAGGGUCAUAUCAUGACAAUGAAGUCACAUUUAAAACAAAUCUUAUCGCUCCUUUCCUUUUGACAAAAGAGUUCCUACCACAUAUGAUAAAACGAAAUCAUGGGCAUAUUGUCAACAUUGCCUCUAUGAGUGCCUACAUGGUUCCAGCCAACCUGGCUGAUUAUGGUGCUUCCAAAGCGGGAUUGGUUGUUUUGCAUGAGGCUCUUGGUCUCGAACUGAAGUACCAUCACAAAGCGCCUAGCGUUCGUACCUCACUAGCUGUCCUGAGCUUCACCAAGACUCCCCUCUUUCGAGGGGAAACAAAUCAGUCCCAUUUCUUCUUCCCCCUUUUGCAUGUUGAGACGGUGGCAGAUGAGAUUGUCGACACGUUGUACAGUGGAUACGGUAGGACGAUUUUCCUUCCUCGAAUUUUCCGAUACAUUGCAGGCUUGCGAGGUACUCCUGAAUGGCUUCAAAUUUUGCUACGUUCCCAGUCACAGUCGCUAACGGUAGAUUUCAAAGGAAGACAGAAAAUCGAUUCAGUCACCGGAAAGCUCCUGACUUCCGAUGACUGA